CGAUAGUAACACUAUUAUCAUUGGUUCAACUAAAUUUUUUUUAGCAAUUAUACGUGUAUUUUAUUUUACACGAGUCGAGUUUUAUUAUACAUGCACGCACGUUCGUGAACGAUGCCAUCAUGUGUAUGAACAUACCAGUUAAAAGAUCAGGGUCGAUCGCAAGUGUGUCAAAUGUGCAGUAAUACACUUUGAAAAAAUUGUUGACGAACAGUGGAGAGGUAUUUCAAUUUUAGAAUUAUGGAUUUCGAGUACAAUCCUAUAUGGUUAUCUCAGUAUGCAAGGUUUUGUAAUUGUAGUUUACAAAGUAGCUGUCGUUGCGGAGAAAGUAACGUACAUGAAUGGACAUGGGACAAAGAAAAUGCUGCAUACACUAUUAUUUUGUCAGAAAAUAAUCUAGAAGUUAAGUUUCACAAUGGAUACAGUUAUGGUACAGCAGCUGUGAGAGGUACAAAAGUGCUAGAGAAAGGAAGGCAUCAUUAUUGGGAAGUUAAAAUGCUUACUUCUAUCUACGGGACAGACAUUAUGGUGGGUGUUGGAACCAACAAAGUGGAUUUGAAUAGUACAAAGCAUGUCUUUUGUUCCUUUCUUGGGCUUGAUCAAGAGUCUUUUGGAUUUUCUUAUCGAGGGUAUAUACAACAUGCUGGUGAAAAACGUAGUUAUGGUCCUUGUUUUGGGCAAGGUAGCUUAGUAGGGAUAUAUUUGGAUACAUGGAGAGGGACGUUAGAGUUUUUUCUUAACAGGAAACCGCUAGGUAUUGCUUUCACUGGAUUGAGAGAUUUAGUGCUGUACCCUAUGGUGUGUUCCACAGCUGCACAGAGCAAAAUAAGAUUGACUUAUAGCUGUUCUGUGCCAGUUUCUUUACAAGUAACUUGUUUGUCAGUCUUGAAAUCAUCACACAGAGCAUAUUUAUCAACCAUGUUUCCUGGAUUACGGUAUCUUACUCAGAGCAUUUUUGCAGAUAUACUAAAAACUCAUUCGAACAGUGACGAUGAGAGUGAAAAAGAUGAACUUAAAUUUCUAACAGAUUACAUGAUUUUAGACGACUUUGAUUUCGCACUAGUGGGCAUGAGCAGAAAGAAAAAGAAAAAAUCUAGACGCGAUGAUUGUCCUACAUCUACGUAAUAUAAUAAAGUUGUAAAAUAAGUUAUAAAAUUUUUUAUUUAUAGACAAAAAUAAUUAUUGU